AUGUGGAAUUCUAGGGUAUUUCUCAGUGCUGUUAGCGCUGCAGCUGUCCCUCUCGCAGCAGCAACAGCAACAGCAGCAGCACCAACAGCAGCAGCAGCAGCAGCAGGAGCAAUCCAGCAGCAACACAGCGAACAAAAACAUUGGGAGGGGCAGCAUUUCAGCUGCAGCAACGGCAGCAGCAACAGCAGCAGCAGCAGCAGCAGCAACAGCAAGCAGCAGCAACAGCAGCAGCAGCAGCAGCAGCAGCAGCAGCUGCAGCAACAGCAGCAGCAACAGCAACAGCAGCAGCAGCAGCAACAGCAGCAGCAGCAGCAGCAGCAACAGCAGCAGCAGCAGCAGCAGCAGCAACACUGGCAGCAGCAAGAUGGGGGAGGCGGAGCUUCUCUCAGCCCUAAAUUCUCUCUUUUCUUCUUCAGACCCAACAACACAGAGACAGGCGUAGGCGAUGAGUGGCUGCGGGGGUGGCAGCUGUCUGCUGCUGCUUGGGAGGCCGCGCUGCAGCUGCUGGAGCCUCGGGACCCUCCUCUGAGUGACGAGGUGGUUUACUUCGCCGCACAAACCCUCAGAACCAAGUGCACCUUCGACACCCAUCAGCUGCCAGCAGAAUCUCUCACUCCUCUCGUUUUUAAAAUUGCUGCUGCUAUCAAGCAGCACCAAAACAAGGGGGAGCUGAGUCAAGCGCAGAGAUGA